AUGGCCAAAGACAAGUCCUCCACAAGCGAAGAUAACUACGACGCCAGACUACCAGCCGUGCUGCCUUUUGCACAGCCGCUAGCGUCCAAAAAGCUAAACAAGAAGGUGCUCAAGACUGUCAAGAAGGCUUCCAAGGCCAAAAACGUGAAAAGAGGUGUCAAAGAGGUGGUUAAGGCGUUGAGAAAGGGCGAAAAGGGCCUGGUUGUCAUUGCUGGUGACAUCUCUCCUCCAGACGUCAUCUCGCACAUCCCCGUGCUGUGCGAAGAUCAAACUGUUCCAUACAUCUUCGUGCCCUCCAAGCAAGACCUUGGUUCCGCGGGAGCCACCAAGAGACCCACCUCCGUGGUUUUCGUGGUGCCAGGCAGCAGUAAGAAGAAGGACGGUAAGGCCAAGGAAGAAGAGUACCGCGAGAGCUUCGACGACGUCGUCAAGGAAGUCAAGUCCUUGUAA